UAUUCAUAGUCAUACAUGUAAUGAGAGAGAGAAGUGUGAAGUACACCGUAAACUAUUAUAUCAGUGUAUUUGUUCCUCAAAAUCGUUGUUAUUUUACCAUGUUGUUCUCACAAUGUACAGUGUGUGAUGAUUAACAGUUGAAUUUUCAAGGGGUUUCGUCUUGAAGAUGGAUCUAGUGGUAGAGGCUUUGCGACAAGCGAGUAGUCAAGAUGCAACUGUCUUGAAAGCUGCCGAAGCAAAGUUGGCUGAGUGGGAAGUAGCCCCAGGAUUCCACUUCACACUAUUUAGCAUUUUCUCAAAUCAGAAUAUUGAAGUCAAUGUGAGAUGGCUGGCUAUUGUAUACUUGAAAAAUGGAGUUGACAAAUACUGGAGGUCAAGUGGGAAAGAGGUUCCCGGUGGUCUCACUCCAGAAGAGAAGCAGCUUGUGCGUGAUGGAUUGUUGAAUAGCUUGAAUGAACCCGUCGAACAAAUUGCCUCACAGCUUUCUGUGCUUACAGCCAAAAUAGCCAGAUUGGACUAUCCUCGUGAGUGGCCUCAAAUCAUCCCAAAACUAGUAGAAGGGACCAAGUCCAACGAUGUGUUUUUUCAGUAUCGGUGCUAUCGAACACUUCUCAAUGUGAUUAAAAUUCUAUCCUCCAAACGGCUUCCUGGUAGCAGGUAUGCCUUUCAAGAAAUGGCCGGUGAAAUCUACUCCACAAUCCUGGACUCAUGGAAUAAGUUGAGCCAGUCCUUCAUCAAUCAACACUCAACUCUGGAUGACAGACAAAAAUCUGAGCUCAUAGGAAACUUUCUCCUGUGCCUGAAGAUCUUAAGAAUUUUAACAGUCAAUGGCUUCAAAAACCCUAGCGAGAGUGCCGAUGUAAAUCAUUUUUUAAAAUUACUGUAUGAACACAUCAGAACAUUUCUAGAGCUACGCAAAUCCACAAGUGGAUCACUCGUGGAAACUUUAGAAAAGUACUCAAUAAAUUUAAUGAAAGUGUUACAUGCCAUGCUGGACAAUUAUCCUCAAUAUUUUGUCGAUUAUAUCGAACCCUCAUUAAAACUGUGUAUAUUUUAUGCAUUCACUCCUGAAGGAGAGCCAUAUCUAUUUGAAGAGUUUCUCAUACAGAAUUUAAUAAUGAUGAAAAAUAUUCUAAUUUGUAAUGAGUAUGUUCCAAGCAAAAAACCAGUAUCAGAUACAAAAAAUGCUGCCUCAAUAGCUGCUGUCAAAAUCAAGCAAUCACUCUUCACACCUGAAACCGUUGUAACCAUUUGUUAUAAGCUGAUCACGCAGUAUUUUCUCCUGACAUCGGCUGACCUUCAAGCCUGGGACUCGGACCCAGAAGGCUAUGUCGCUGACAUGGACAAACAGUCGUGGAAAUACUCACUACGACCUUGCACCGAAACACUAUUCCAUGCCAUGAUUCUUGAAUUUGGCUCUGUGAUAAACCCUGUGUUAGUAGAACUAGUCAAUGUUAAUCACCCACUAGCGCAUCCUGAUGACAUGAAUGCCAUCUUACGCAAAGACGCAGUCUACAGUGCUAUCGGCCUAGCUGCAUUUGAGCUGUAUGAUGAGAUUAAUUUCAAUGACUGGUUUACCAAAUCUUUAGUUCUGGAACUGAAAGUUAAAGACCCAAACUAUCGAAUUAUCAGGAGGAGAGUUGCGUGGCUCAUUGGAUACUGGGUGAGCGUCCAGCUCUCUGCUGAGAAUCGUUCGACAUUGUAUGAAUCAAUGUUACCACUCCUUCAACCAAAUGAAGACAUGGUCGUCCGCCUUACAGCCGCGAACACCAUCAAAUUGGCUGUUGAUGACUUUGGAUUCAAUGCAGACGAAUUUUUGAAGUACUUGGAGCCACUGUUCUCAUUACUCUUUCAGCUUCUGAAGGAUUGUCAAGAAUGUGAUUCAAAGAUGCAAGUAUUGAGCGUGCUAUCGUUUAUAGCUGGUCGAGUCGGCUCAGCAAUUGAACCUUUCCAUGAUUCCCUUGUACAGUAUUUAUCAUUUCUAUGGGAAGAAUCGUCAAACUAUAAUCUCUUACGUUGCGCUAUUGUGUCAGCCCUUGUUAGACUCAUGCAGAUUUUUGCAUCAAGUCAAAAUCUUCCGUGGUCCUUCUUCCUGUCAGUGAUAGAAUUUUGUACAAAUAUAAAUAAAGACGAUCAUGUCUACCUUCUGCCUGAUGGACUAGAUUUAUGGCUAGCCAUUGUUCAAAAUACAUCAGAGUUAAAUGAUGGAUUACUUCAACUAUUCAAGAAUAUGCCUCCUCUACUGACGGAAGCAUCAACUGAACACCUGAAAAUCUGUCUUCUAAUAGUGCAAGCAUAUGUGAUCCUAGCACCUGAACAAUUUUUGAAGGUUUGCGGUGAGAAAGUUGUUGAAUCCCUUAUGUACAUUUUGACGGAUCUGAAGACUGAAGGUGUUGUGAUGGUGUUACGUGUCUAUGAAAUGUUUCUCAGAGUCAAUCCUAGUUUAAGUAUGCAACUCCUUACCAUAGUUCAACCUGAAAUCGCAGGGGAAAGAAAGCCAGCGCUAACCAUCGUUUUUGAAGGUGUUUAUCAUUGUAAAGAAACAGAAUACAUGGCAAUUACAAUGUACUUGAGCAUAGUCUCACGAGUUCUUCUUUUUUCCAAAGAAGUUUUUGCUGAGAUGAUGAAUCUUUUAAGUCAGCAUGUAAACAAAUCUCAGGAAGAAACUUUGUCUAUAUUUUUAGACAAAUGGUUAGUGAAAGUAAAUUCAGUGACAGUCUGUAAUUCGUUGUCUGGACACGGCAACAGAAAAUUAAAUGGCCUCGCUUUAGUUUCUUUACUUACAUCUAGAAGCAACAUAGUCCUAGAAAAGUUUCCGAAGAUUGUUAGAGUCAUCACUGAAAUUUUGAACGACAUUGUAGUGAGAGAAAAUGAUGAACUAUUAGAAAUCAUGGUAGGAGAAAGAGCGGAAAGUCCUCUUUUGUCCUAUGAAUCGGAUACAGACACACAGCAUGAAAGACGUUGUAAUGAAUUAGCCAGUAGUAAUCCACUCCUCAAAAUUACGCUUCACCAAUAUUUCCAGUUACAGUUGAACGAGCUUAAAACUCAGACAGACCCAGGAAUGUAUAGUAAUUUGUUACAAAGCAUAGACUCGGAAACAUACCGACAAGCAAGUGAAUAUGUACAGUUUUAGUGCAGAGAUGGCAACUUGCAUUUUCUCAUUUUUUCAGAACCAAGUUUUCAGAAAGUAAUCUUACUUUAAAAGGUAUUUACUAUUCAAGGAACAAAACUAUUUUUCCUUUUCUUUCACAAAUACAUACAUGUGCUCUGUAGUCAGUGUAUGGAAAAAUAAAAAGAAUAGAUGGAUCAGUGUUUGGAAAUAACGCUUGAUCUUUAAUUUUAACCUGUAAUUUUUAUAAUAUUUUUAAAUCUUUUUAUCAUCUAACAAGACAAAAGAGAGAAAUUUAGCUGCCCGUUUGAAUGAACUCAGCAGAAUUUGAUAUAGAUAGAGCUUCCCUCUGCUAAGUUGGCAGUUGUUUACUUUUCCUUCGCAGACGGCUCCAUUACUGUGACAGAGGAUUGACAAUGUUGCAAAAACAUGACUCAGUUGAAUGCGCGCGAUGGUCUUAAAGUAAACAAAUGCCAAUUUAUUGGAGAAAAGUUCUGGUCAGUUACACUUUUUUGUAGAUUAUUAUUAAUUUUGUUUAACCACCUUUACUUGAUGUUCUUUCGUUUCUUAUAGGUAAUUUGCAACUGUUACAAACCUUUUUUAUGAAUGGUCUGUAUUUAAAUUUACUUCUCUCAAUUUUUGUACCAGAAAUUCAUUUAUUUAUUUUAUUUUGUCAAACCAGGGCACCAAUUUUGAUUUUGAUUAUCUAAAACUUGCUAGUCGUAGAGUCUCAUAUCCGUUUCGAUUAGCCUCUAGGUUUGGCGACAAAAAUUUCUCAUUUAUCGAUUCUGUACGUUGGAAUAAGUCUUUUUGCUUAAUUGAAGUUGUCCACUAAGUGUUUCCAAUUUGAGAUUCAAAACCUCCAAAUUUAGGAGGAAAUAAUUGUGUUUUUGGACAUCUUUGCAACUGUUUUUCAGUAAAUACUGCAAAAAUUGCUCAA